AUUUAAAGGAUGUACUUAUAAAAAACUAAAUAAAUAUAUUUUAACUUAAAAAAGAAAGACAAUUCUAUAAUCACACACAAAGCUGUUUGCAUUCGCAUGACGUAACAGCAGCUUACGCAAUCUUUAAGAUACAUUUUUCUAUUUGCAUAUACUACAGUUUGAGAGGCAUUGAGUAUCAUCAAGCAUGUUGCCGAAUUUGAAGACGCGUCGCGUGUCCGGCCUUCAGCUGGCCGGCAAGCAUCUGGGACCCGUGGCCAAGUGUCCGCCCCGAUACUCCGAGGAGGAUUGGGACUACAACAAUAAAAUCAAGUUUCGCAUCACCUGCGAUCAGGAGAAGCUAGCCGAGCGCAUUGUCGAGGAAUCGCGUCGUGUGGUCGAUGAGACCAAGGACACCACCAAGAAUUGGCAGCGCGAGGUGGAGCAUCAUAUGCGUGAACGCACAAGCGAGAUUCGCUUUCUGGUCGAUGAACUGAAUCGUCAGAAGAAGACCGCUAUGCUGGAGGAUGAGACGUUGAACACGUAUCGCAAUCGGGUGCUGAGUGCCAUUGAAUUCCUUAAGGAGAAAUCUCUGGCCAUCUGCAAGCAGUGUCUCAUUUUGCGAGAGGGUCGCAUUGGUGUCGAUCUCUGUGACGAUGAGGUGGAUCGUUCACUGCGUCGCGAACUGAAGGUCAUCAAGGGCUGUCAGGGAUUAGCCGACGCAGCGCUGAAGGAGGCCGAAGAGCAGAUACGCAAGCUGCGUGCUGCGAUGUAUCUGCUGGAUCAGGAUUUGUCGGCCAAGGACAAGUCGCUGGCCAUUGACGAGAAGAAUCUGAAACUGAAGGACUUUCAGCAUGAUCUGGGCAAGGGACAGGAUUUGUCCAAGCAGCACUGCCAAUUCUCGCUGACCGAAUGGCAGGCGCAGACCUAUGAGAAUCUGGAGGCCAACUCCAAGGCUUUGGUCUCCGCCGGACAGCUGCGGGCGUACAUUGAUCUGUUGCUCAAGCAGAUCUGCGAGGACAUGCAGAAUCAAACGGAUCGCACUAAUGAGGCAUUCGAACGUCGGAUUGCGGAGACGAAGCAUGUGAAGCAGUGUCUGGAGAACAAGCACAAGGACACCAUGGAUCACAUCCAUCAGGUGCAGCGCAACAUGAACGAACUGGAGAAGGAGAUGUCGGACAAGCAGCGUGCCAUCACCCUGUGUCAGACCCGUCUCAGCAAUCGGGCCCAUCGUCCGGGUCUCGAGUUGACGUGCGACAUGGUCCAGGAUGCGCUGUACAAUGAGCUGCAGGCGUUGAAGGCUUCGGUGUGCAAGCUGAAUCAGAAGCUGAAUGAGAACAAGGCAUCGAUGCGGUAUCUGAUGCAUGUCCAGGUCAUGCAGGAGGAGGAGAUCAACAUCAAGGCGAACACUUGCAAGAUUGACGAGGUCGAUUGCAUGACCUUACGUCAGGCCCUUAAAUACGCGUCGUUCUAGUUGUCCCCCGGCCCCUCCAUCUUUACCCACUCUAAUUGUGCCCCACAAGUCAGCAGACUCCCUGAAACACACACACACACACUGAAUGUCACCUCUCCACACACUCCAAUCUAAAUCAAAUUACAUGUGCAUUAAUCCUCGUUCAAUCCAGAAUACGAAAUUAUAUCCAAGAACAUUGUGUACAUGUUUAAUAAAUUGCAAUUCACUUCGAGUUCGCAUUAUGCAAAUA